AUGUCUAAACCCGCGAAGGAGCCCUCGCGUUCUACAGCUCCUCUAGCAGUCCGUGCCUCCAAUCCGCCCGUGCGGUAUAAGUUUAUCGACGCAUCUACAAACAACCCUGAGAGUUUGGCUAGUGUCAAACGUCAUGUCAUGCUAGAAUAUGCGCGUCAGAAAAAAUGGCAACAGCAACAACGCCUUGACACUGAUGUUGAAGACGAUGCGGAUAUAGACACCAGUGGGGAAACUAAGACACAGCGUGGAAAACGACAUGUAACGCGUGCCAGAGAACGAACACAAAUCCCAAGUGACCGGAAAGGCAAAAAGCGUCUUGGACCUGCGAAUACCCUCAGCGAUGGUGAAGGACAUCGUCUGGUGGUAGAUCGGGAUUUUCAGCUGGCGCAUCGGCUACUGCCCUCGCUAGACCCUGACCCUGGUAAAUACGGGGAAUAUCAAGGCUUGGAGAACGCUGAUGACACUGGACUCGGCCUUGAUGCUGAUUAUUAUGAAAACUGGGAAAUACCUUCUUCAUUGGGACCAUUCGCAGGCCCAGGACCUUCGGGACUGCCACCUUUUUGGUAUGGGCCUUUGGGUGAAGAGUAUCAGUCUGAGGCAAAUUAUCCCGGAUUUCAAAGCAAUAGCGGAUCAUCUGAGUCGUGUGGUUUGUCCACAUGGUCCUCCUCUACCUAUUCAUCACCCAGGUGGCUGUCACCCGCUCCGCAGACACACCUAAGUGCGGCGCGAACUGACCCCUUUGAUAGUUUACCAAUUUCGCUUGACGAAGAAGGGAAGAUUCUGUUCGAUUUCUAUGCUAAUGUUAUGCCAUCAUGUUCAUACGGGUUCCAUACAAGAUCGCCAAAUGCUCAUAAUUGGUAUUUGCAAGUGUUCAUACCAGAAGCUAUGAAAGGAGAUAUUACUUUCCAAAAUACCAUCCUCGUGCAUGCCGCAAAUACGCAAGCGUGGGUAAAAGGCCUGUCAGAAACGCGUGCGGCUCUUACCCACCGUGGACGUGGAAUAGAGAUGUUGCGAAAACAUUUCGAGAAGCAUCCUGCAGAUAUUUCGGAUGCCGCCAUCUCUGCAACCCUCAGCUGCGCUGCAGUGGAAGAUUUUGACCCUCGUCCAGAGCGCAAACCAAUUAGCUGGAUCCAUAUGCGUGCCGCAAUGCAGAUGAUCCGUGCCAGAGGAGGACCAGCCGUAUUUCAACAGAAUCAAAGAAUGGCCAUGUUAAUCAACUGGCAGGAUUAUAUUCUCGCAGGUUACGAAACCAAGGGACCAUCAUUUUUUUAUGUACAUAUCCCUGCGUACGUCCAGAACCGGGACCCCUCGGAUCAAACGUUAAGUAUUGGAGACCAAUCGUUUACUCCCCUUGACGAAAUUCAUACUCAAUGUGAAGAAUUCCUUUCCUUCCUCCACCGCUGCGAGCGGCUCUCUCUCACCCAAAAAUCUGUCUUCAACCCUCUAAUUCCCAGCCGGUAUUCGGCCUUUCAACCAGACACCCUGUUGUUCCGAAUCCUCUCCUCUCCUCCCGGAAUUCGCUACUCGAUCCCUGGUGAGAGAAAACAGAUAAUAUCCCGCCUUGCAGCGUUGAUGACAAUCAAUGUUGCCUUGUGGGACUACCGCAAUCUGCCUCACAAAGUCGAAACCUUCCUGAAUGGACUACAAACCAAACUUCUAACAAGCGAAGUCGAUGUCAGCAGCUCUGUGGAAGCCCUCCUGCAAAUCCUACUCGCAUGCGACGACUCUUUUGGCUUAGUUAGUGAUGACUCUGAGCCCUUAGGUCUGCCCCUGCGAAAGUCUGCAACGCCCGCGGCUGCACCUGUACCCUCUGAACGCCCCUGGUUUGUUGGGAGAAUGCUUAAAAUUGCGAAGCGGUUGGGGAGGUCGUCUUGGGAGCGGCUGAAUGACUCGCUCCUAUCCUUCCUCACGCUGACGGCGGAAACGCCAAAGCUGCCGUCGUGGGAAAAUGAAUUGAGACAUGAGAUUCUCACGGCCCCUUUGACGAGCUAUAUUAUGCCCCUAUUGCAGUGA